AUGCACUUUUCUACGGCCGCAGUUGCCUCUCUGGCAAUUUCCUUACCCGUUCUUGCCCUCCCCAGAGCCUCAUCCUCGAGCAGUCUUCAAAACGCUGCCGAUGCAGUGCCAGGAGAAACCUCUCUCUUCGUCACUUACCCAGGCAAGGAGACGCCACUCGCCCAAGAAUACCUACGAGCCAACCCAGCAACAGGCUCAGGCCCCGCCGGAGACGACGACCUUCUAUUCCAAAACCUUCUGGCCGCCGAAUGGGUCAUCUACUCCUUCUACCAGCUCGGCGUAGAGUCCUUCACGAAAGAGAACUUCACAAAACUCGGCUGGCCAAACACGACUUACGAGCGAAUCGUCGAGAUCCGCGACAACGAAGCCGGACACGUCCGCAUCUUCCAAGAUCAAAUCACUAACAACUCCGUGAAGCCCGCUCCAUGCAAGUACCAGUUCGAGGUCGGUACCAACCCGGAAUACUGGCUCCUGCUACAGACCUACCUCGAAGCCUCAAGCAUGGCCUUCCUAACCGGCCUCGCCCUCCAAGCCGACGUGAACACCUCCAAGGCCGCCCUCAUGGCAAUCGGCCAGACGGAAUCGCGGCACAACACUUGGUCGCUCAUCGACGUCUGGAACGUGAGCCCCUUCGCCGGGCCCUCGGACACAACAUACCCCUACCCAAACCAGAUCCUGGAUCUGACGAACAACUUCAUCGUUCCGCGUCAGAACCUGCCCCAGCUGGAGUUCUACAAGAAUGGGACUACGGCGAGUCCUGGCUCGGAUAUUCAGCUUGCCUAUCAAGAUCCGAAGCAUGUGCCCUCGUUCGAGGAUGACAAGCAAUACUGGGUUGUCUUCUACCACGGUGUUCAGAAGGUUAGCCUUCCUUUUGACCCCCACAAUAUGCGGGUUAAGAUUCCGGCUCAGUUUGAUGUGAAUGUUGGCAUCAUCAUGCUCAAUAUUGCAGAUGAGGAGGAUGCGCCGACACGAGAUAGUGUUGUUGCUGGUCCCUUGAUUCUGUUGGAGCAGCCUGUCGCCUACAACAAAGUCAUUUCUGCGGUCUAA